CAUACACAAACUCAUCUCUAUCUUGUACCCAUCUACCACUUCUACAGUUGACAGUUCUUUAGUUGCUGCGAUUUCGUAGCCCAAAACACCUUGUUCACCAUAAUUUCUAAAUAAACUAUGGAAAUCGAUACUAAACCCUUGUCUCGAUCAUCUCUCGAGACCAAUUUAAUAUCUAUAAUCUCUCUCGGAAGCAGAAUAUCCCAAUUUAUCGGAUACUUCCCCCUCUCCACCUCCAAAACUAGUGACGGGACAAAAUUCACAUUUUCAUGGGUCAGCCUUCCCAUCCUUUCCAGCCUGGCAGUCCUCGCAUUUCAAAUUUUUCUCGCCGUCCACUGGUUCUUAUUCGGGAAAAGGAUAAGCAUCAUGCAUAACCUGACCCGAUCCACGGAACAAUACGCCUCCAACAUGACCGCGGUACUGAUCUGUUUUCAGGUCACGUUCAAAAUAUCAGUCCAUCUCUUCGCUUCGAGACGAAUGUUGUCUUACUGGGAAACUUUGGUAACGGAUCUAAACCAAAUUUCUAGCAGUGAUCUUCUGGGAAACUUUGUCAUCAGUGUGGAAUCUUGGACAAAACAUGGGCAACUUUUUAGAAGUGUACGAGCCUCAUUAAGGCACGCCAUACGUGGAAGUCUUGCCCUUAUCGGGGCCCUGGUUGUGCACAAUUUCGCCAUGUUUUGCAUAGUGCAUCUAUUUUUUAGGGAAAGGCUAUCAAGUGAAUUUUCCUUUCAGGAGCGGGCUACUGGAAUGUUAAUUGUGACCGCGUGGAAUAUUAUGGGAUCGUUAAACGUUUUUCAGACGAUCUGGGUCACGUUUCCGAUUCAAAUUGUGAACGCGUGUUUGGAAAUGAUUACGGCGGAACUUUCCGAGUUUAAUGAGCAGGAAAAAUUUAGGGAAAGGGAAGAUUUGUUUGUUACUAGUAAAACGUCAAUUUUGAAAAACGACUUGGUAAAAGUAUCUAAAUUUCAGGACGAGGAAAAGCUACAUCUUUGCAUCUUGAAUUAUCAUCGGGUAGUUAAAAUUUUGAGAAAACAUGAAUCUAGCGCUGGGAACGGGGUUGCCUUUUAAAUUGGGUACAAUUCCCUGCUAAUCUUGGCCUACAUAUUUAUUGGGGUCAUUUGGGCGGCGUCUGGGCAAUUUAUCACCGGACUUUCGAGACUUGUUCCAAUUAUACUUUGUACAAAAAUAAUUUAUCACUUGGGAACGGAAGCGGGUAAAUUACAGAGUAAUCGGAAAGCGGUGAUGAAGGUGAUGUGUCGAAUGGAGAAAAGCUGGAUGAGUGAAGACAUGAAAGAUGCGGUUUUUGGAAUGAUGCAGGAGUUAUCUGGAGAUAAGUUGAAGUUUCAGGCAGGUGAAUAUUUCGUGCUAAAUAGGAGACUGUUAACAUCGAUUCUCUCGGCAGUACUGACAUUUCUCGUUGUUCUUGUUCAGUUUCGAGAUGGAGAAAGCAAAUAGAUAUUUAGACUGGGGACUCUUGGACUCAAAAUCAAACAUUUUUUGUGCUUAAUUUCGAUAAAAAAUUAUUUCCUUAAAAAUUAAAUAGAAAUUUAUUAACAUUUUGGAACAUUUUGGAACAUUUUGAUAUUUCAUAAUUAGUUACAUAUUUAUUUAUAACCAGUUAAAUUUAAUAGAUUUUCGGUAAUAUUAAAACAGAAAUAGCAGAUAACAAACAUUUUAAAAACCAAAAUGUAAGUCGCAAUAAAAUCCUAUGACGUAUUUAUUAUGAAACAAUAGCUGUCUUUACUUCCGGGAUUUAUUUAUUUAAGCAUUUAUUACUACAUAAUUUCUAGUUGUUUACUGAGGAAGCAUAUAUGCGUGAUAUUCUAAUGUUCAACAAUUUGGCCUUCAGAAAACAAUUCUUCCACCGAGCGCAUAAGAAAGAAUGCAAGAAGGAGGGGAAUGCAUAAAAUAUUCAGAAAUGUCUGGCUUCAAAAUAUGCAUUUUUAACUUGACAUUGAUUCAGAGGUAUUUUUUACAGACUUGGUCACUUCCUAGUCACGAACUUUCCUUCUUUGUGAACUAUAAAACCCCUUGUUGAUGGAUGGUUGAAUGUGUCGCUAGUCUGGUCUACAUUUUUCAGCUCUGGUAUAUGUACUUGAAACUGUUUGAAU